AUGGAGGAGCUCCAAAGGCAACCAGGCACCUUGAUCGAAGACAAGCCUAGGAAGGUAAGGUUUAAGCUGGCCUCAUCGUACAGUGGUCGGGUUUUGAAGCAUGUGUAUGAAGAUGGACAGGAACUGGACAGUCCAGAGGAGCAGUACCCUCACAGCUUCAUCCACACCAAGAUGGAGAUGGGACAUUUAUGUGACUUAGAAGAUAUGCAGGACCAGAGUUUGUACCCUCAGACAGGCCUGAUUGCCCAGAGGAUAAAUGUCUAUCGAGGAGUGGCAGGAUGCAAUUCUCUGGCCUGUGGAGACAUCCCAGGAGGAGAUAAUAAAGCACCAGUAUUAGAUUUCGGAAAGAUUAUCAUUUACACCAGCAACCUGAAGAUUAUUCGAGCUUCUCACAGACGGGGAGAAUCUGGGAAGAGUCCUCAUCGCAGCAGGGACAGAAAAGAAAGUUCACCAAAACGGGAGUCCCGGAGCAAAGGGAGGCAUAAAGCAACAUGUUCCCAGCCAGAAGAACCCACCACAAUGAUGGAACAAAAGCCAGAUGCAAGCUCCUGUGAACAGUGUGGAGGUUCGGGUUGUGCGCCGUGCUCACUUUGUCAUGGCAGCAAACUGUCCAUGCUGGCCAACCGCUUCAAUGAGUCAAUCAGAGAACUGCGCUGUCCAGCGUGUAACCCUGACGGCCUAGAGCGCUGUCAGUCCUGCACACACUAACACAUAUGGUGCUGCCAAGCCGUGUUGGGUGGAAUUCAAACCCUUUGAAUGAAAGUGACUUUUUGGAUCAGCGUGUAAAUACAAGAGC